AGGGCCCUGGCGUUUGGAGAGUGGACCGGAGCAGGGAAAGGACUCUGUAGGGGACUCGUGAGGGACUAUGGGGAAGGACCAGGAGCUGCUGGAAGCUGCUCGCACUGGCAAUGUGGCUCUGGUGGAGAAACUCCUAUCUGGCAGGAAAGGAGGGAUCCUGGGUGGUGGAUCCGGACCUCUGCCCCUGUCUAAUCUGCUAAGCAUCUGGCGAGGUCCCAAUGUGAACUGCACGGACAGUUCGGGUUACACCGCUUUACACCACGCGGCCUUAAAUGGACAUAAGGACAUAGUUCUCAAGCUACUUCAGUAUGAGGCAUCCACAAACGUGGCCGACAACAAAGGUUACUUUCCCAUUCAUUUGGCUGCCUGGAAAGGAGACGUGGAGAUUGUGAAGAUUCUCAUCCAUCACGGACCGUCACAUUCCAGAGUCAAUGAACAGAACAAUGAGAAUGAAACCGCCCUACACUGUGCAGCUCAGUACGGACACUCAGAAGUGGUUGCCGUUCUCCUAGAAGAGCUCACGGACCCUACGAUCAGGAACAGCAAACUGGAAACGCCGCUGGACUUGGCAGCGCUCUACGGACGGCUGCGGGUGGUGAAGAUGAUCAUCAGCGCGCACCCGAAUCUAAUGAGCUGUAACACCCGCAAGCACACGCCGCUGCACCUCGCCGCCCGCAACGGUCACAAGGCGGUUGUACAGGUGCUGCUGGAGGCAGGAAUGGAUGUGAGCUGUCAAACAGAAAAGGGGAGUGCUCUUCAUGAAGCGGCUUUGUUUGGCAAGGUGGAUGUGGUCCGAGUUCUGUUAGAAACAGGAAUUGAUGCCAACAUAAAGGACAGUUUAGGUAGAACUGUCUUAGACAUUCUGAAAGAGCAUCCGUCUCAGAAGUCUCUCCAGAUCGCAACGCUCUUGCAAGAAUAUCUAGAAGGUGUGGGAAGGCCGGCAGUCCUGGAGGAGCAUGCUCAGGAAGACACGACACAAGAGACACACCUCCCGUCCCCUGCGGAGUCUCCUUCCCAAAAGCCUAAAAGUGAAACGGUCACUGGGGAAUUAUCAAAACUCCUGGAUGAAAUAAAACUCUGCCAAGAAAAGGAUUACUCCUUUGAAGAUCUGUGCCAUACGAUUUCAGACCACUACUUAGAUAACUUGAGCAAGAUUUCAGAGGAAGAACUUGGGAAAAAUGGAAGCCAGAGUGUAAGAACUUCAUCUACAAUAAAUUUGUCACCAGGAGAAGUGGAAGAAGAAGAGGAGGAUCCAAACACUUGUGGGCCCACAGGACUUUGGGAAGCAUUAACUCCUUGUAACGGAUGUAGGAACCUUGGCUUUCCUAUGCUUGCUCAGGAGUCUUAUCCAAAGAAGAGGAAUUACACCAUGGAAAUCGUACCAUCUGCCUCUCUGGACACAUUUCCUUCAGAAAAUGAGAACUUUCUUUGUGAUCUCAUGGACACAGCUGUUACAAAGAAACCGUGCUCCCUAGAAAUCGCAAGGGCACCUUCUCCGAGAACUGAUAAUGCCUCUGAGGUAGCAAUUACUGCUCCAGGAACUGGUCACCAUAGAAACAGCUCUACAGGCCCAACACCUGACUGCUCACCUCCAUCCCCUGACACUGCCCUAAAAAAUAUCGUGAAAGUUAUCCGACCCCAGCCAAAACAACGGACAUCUAUUGUGUCUUCUCUGGAUUUCCAACGAAUGAAUCAUAACCAAGAAUACUUUGAAAUCAGCACAUCUGCAGGGUGUACCAGCUUUCCGUCUAGCCCUCCAGUUAGCCCACCCACCUCUUCUGUGGGAACCACAGAAGUCAAGAACGAGGGAGCUGAACACACAGAUGACCUCUCUCAGCAGGAAGACAAUGAUCCCCCCAAAGAAUAUGAUGCUGGGCAGUUUGCAGGCCUUCUCCAUGGAUCUUCUCCAGCAUGCGAGUCCCCUGAAAAUCCCUUUCAUCUGUAUGGGAAAAGAAAUCCAUGUGAAGAUGGCCAAGACGAAGUCAGUUUGGCAAGCAGUCCUUUGCCUUUCAAACAGACCCCCAUAGACAAUAACUCCGAGCCUUUGGUAAAGAAAGUUAAACCCAAAGUGGUCAGUAGAACAAUUUUCCACAAAAGAAGCCAUCAGCUCGAGAACCAUACCAUUGUUGGAACAAGAACGUCUAGAAGCGGAUCCCGCACUGGUGACCAGUGGGGCGUGAAUACAGGGGGCUUUGUGGAGAGAGCGUGUACUCUGGGGAGAAUAAGGUCAUUGCCUAAAGCCCUGAUCGACAUGCACCUAUCCAAAAAUGUCUCUAAGUCUGAUUCUGAUCUUAUUGCCUACCCUUCAAAGGACAAAGCGAGAGUUAAUUGGAGUGAGUCAUCUACGGCUGAACGCAGUUCUAAAGACAAUUCUGAAAGGACACCCUCCUUCACAUCUGAAUGGGAAGAAAUCGACAAAAUAAUGAAUUCUAUUGAUGUUGGAAUCAACAGUGAACUUGAAGAGAUGAAUGGACCCAGAUGCCCUGUCCAAACAGUGGGACAAUGGUUGGAAAGCAUUGGGCUACCUCAGUACGAGAACCACCUGAUGGCUAAUGGAUUUGACAAUGUACAGUUUAUGGGAAGCAAUGUUAUGGAAGAUCAGGACUUGUUGGAAAUUGGAAUCCUUAAUUCUGGACACCGACAGAGAAUUCUACAGGCAAUCCAGCUCCUUCCAAAGAUGAGACCCAUUGGUCACGAUGGCUACCAUCCCACCUCUGUAGCUGAGUGGCUGGAUUCCAUUGAGCUGGGUGACUACACCAAAGCCUUCCUCAUUAAUGGCUAUACGUCGAUGGACCUGCUGAAGAAACUCUGGGAGGGUGAACUUAUCAAUGUUUUAAAAAUCAGUUUGAUUGGCCACAGGAAACGCAUUUUGGCAUCUCUGGGAGACAGGCUGCACGAGGACCCUCCACAGAAGCCCCCUCGGUCCAUCACCCUCAGGGAACCCAGUGGUAAUCACACUCCUCCUCAGUUGUCUCCAUCACUUAGCCAAAGCACUUACACCACUGGUGGCUCCCUAGACGUUCCUCACAUUAUCAUGCAGGGCGAUGCAAGGAGGAGAAGAAAUGAGAACUACUUUGAUGAUAUCCCCCGAUCCAAGCUGGAGAGGCAGAUGGCUCAGUCCUCUGUCUGUGAAAUAUGGACGAAUCAGAACGCUGGAUUUCCUUUCUCAGCGAUCCAUCAGGUUCAUAAUACAGGGGACUGGGGAGAACCUUCCAUCACCUUGCGACCUCCAAAUGAAGCCACAGCCUCAACUCCAGUACAGUACUGGCAGCAUCAUCCAGAAAAGCUCAUCUUCCAGUCCUGUGACUACAAAGCUUUUUAUUUAGGUUCUAUGCUGAUCAAAGAGCUCAGAGGGACAGAGUCGACACAAGAUGCCUGCGCAAAGAUGCGGGCUAACUGUCAGAAGUCUACAGAGCAAAUGAAGAAGGUCCCCACUAUUAUUCUUUCAGUCUCGUAUAAAGGAGUCAAAUUUAUUGAUGCAACAAAUAAGAACAUCAUCGCUGAACAUGAAAUUCGUAACAUCUCCUGCGCUGCCCAGGACCCAGAAGACCUCUCAACAUUUGCUUAUAUCACAAAAGAUUUGAAGUCCAACCACCACUACUGUCACGUGUUUACUGCCUUCGAUGUGAAUUUAGCCUAUGAAAUCAUCCUAACACUGGGACAGGCAUUCGAGGUCGCUUACCAGCUAGCGCUACAAGCCAGGAAAGGGGGCCACUCCUCCACGCUUCCAGAAAGCUUUGAAAACAAGCCCUCCAAACCCAUCCCCAAGCCCCGCGUUAGCAUCCGCAAGUCAGUGGCUCUGCAGACAUCCUGUCCCAACAGGCUGGUAUGACUUCAAAGCGGCCGCCUCUGGUAGUAGCAACACCCCAAAGCUGGAAGGCUCCCAGCCAGCUUCCCAUCUGCUCUCUGCUCCAGCUACCAUCCUGCAUCCUAGACUCUCUGGGAUUGGCACCGGGCAGGCCCCCAGAACGCAUGCCCCCUCACCUCACCCUGCAAUCUUUCCAUCUGCCACAUUCUCCUCCCAGCAGCUCUCAGCCUCCGUGUCAUGAGGACAUAGACAUUUUUAACCUCCAAAGAGAGGUUCCUUCCUGGGUGACGAUUGCGGCUCCUGGUUUACACCUUUGCCCGCCCCCUCUCUCUCUCAUCUCUGCUCUUGGUAACUUGCACACCCACGGGGAUGACCCCUCAGCAUCUGACCUCUUCGUCAUCCCCGACACUUUCCUCCUACAUCCCAGAAGGGAGCUUCUCCUCAGCUGACUGGUCAUCACCAGUGACUGUACCUCUCAAAUCCCACACUACACGCCUACUCUACUCCUGACCUCCCCGCCUGCCUCAGCACCACCCCAGCCCAUGCGCCCGCCCGGCUCUCUAUCUCCAGGCCCGACACACCCCAAACUUGCAAGUGCCUGCUCGGUCUGUUUUUAAGCAUCCCCACCAAACACAAAUCCUUCCUUCCUUCUCUCCUCCCUCUUCUGGGCUCAGUAAACAGCACAGCUCUUCGCCAUACUGCUUGAACCCAAACCCACAAGUCAGUCACCUUGACUCCUCUUGUGUCCACACUUCUGCAUUCAGCCCAUGAGCAGAGUCCGCUCUUUGCUCCCCCAGAACAUGCCUCCCAUCUGCCCGCUCCUCUCCACUUCCCCCAUCACCCCCCUCAUCCAAAUCCAAGCCCAAUGACACCCCCCCAGGCACUCCCUUUCUCCACACAGUAGAGAUCAUGGCACCCAGGAAAUACCAAAACCUCAUUUCUCACCACACUCUGUGAUGCCCAGGUCUGCUCAGUCCUACUUGUCUGGAUGCCAGCUGCCCCCUGGCAUGCUCUCUCCCACCUCUCCUGACUCCUGAUGUGCAUGGCCCACUCCCUGGUAUCAUUCAGGUCUCAGCUGCAUGAAGAAGCUUCCCCUGACUAAAAUAGAUGCCUGGUCACACUGUAGCCCCCACACUGUUCAUUGUCUAUAGUAGUUACUGAGGUUUUUUUUCACUUACCACUUAUGCCUGCCUCUCUUCCUCUACAAAAACAUCUGCUUCAUGAAGUACACUGGCAUGCUGUCCCCCCAGGGCCAGGUCUACAGCAGGCACUUAGCACACAUCUGUUCUUAAAAGAAAUGAGGUCCCGAGGGUGGAUUUAACGACUGUGUCUUUGAGUCUGAUCAGGUUUCUGGGUGUCCGGGAAUGCACAGCAUGUUUGGGGGAUUGUCACUUAAGCUACUAUAUUCCUUCUCAUGUGGGCUGGGUAAGUCUGUUCACUGCGGGCGCCUCCAUGCAGCUUUCCUGUGGUCCACGUAGACUUCUUCCAGAAGAGCACAAAGCGUUUGUUGCCAUAAGGGCUCAUAGAAUAUUCAUCUAAGACGCCCUCUCUGGGAAACAGGAAAAUACACAGUGAAUAAUGCUAAUGUCUUCACCUGGCUCAGGAUCCAGUCCCUCACCAGGCUCCGAUAUUCCCAUUUCUGGUGGUUUACUGUUAGGAAACAGUGCUCCUGAGACUGUGAAGACCUUCCCUCCGCCUAUGGGGACACAGUGGAAACCCAGCAGAAGGCAGCCCUGAUAGGCACAUAGGCACAGACCCUGCAGCCUCUAGCAGGCUUGUAGAGAAAGUCUGAACGUGCCUUCCAGAAAUUCCUUGGCCCAAUUUACAGAGCAAAGUAGACAGCCAAAGGAUGAGAAAGCUAUUAGAGCUCACACUAGCUACUGCCCAGGGAAUGGCCUGCUUGGCUUUUCGCAAAGCACAGAGACAGGUGAGGCCAAGGCCCAACCUCACAGGCCCUUGAUGACCUCUUCCCUUCCUCUGCCUCCCGAUCUCCUGUCCAUCUCUCCCUGGGAUCUGUACCUGCCUUCUGUCCACCCCAGUACCUCUUCUCAUCCUGGAAGCCGCUUGCUCAUUGUCUUAACAGUAUUUAUUGCCCAAGUAUUUAUUAUAUGCCUGCUUGGCAUUGGGCUGCCAGGAGUCCCCCCCCCGGGGGGGGGGGUUGGAGAAAACAGCAAUCAAGAAA